UUUACGCACAUGGAGCGCCGGUGAAUGUCAACUGUAUUUUGUGUAACGUUAACUGUUUUGUAACACAUAAAAAGUCAUGACGAUUUUAAAGAGAUUUGCGAGUGUUGUUCAUCUUUCUAUUAAAAAUGGUAUUCCAAUGCAAAAGUUCACGCCAUGUAUUGCAUGUGCAGCAAAGAAUUACUCCACCCGGAAAACCGGGGAUGUUACAAUGGAUUCCUCAUUAAUAAGAAACAUUGGCAUCUCUGCACACAUUGAUUCCGGUAAAACUACCCUAACAGAACGUCUCCUGUAUUAUACUGGAAAACUGGCGGAAAUGCACGAAGUCCGAGGAAGAGAUAAUGUCGGAGCCAAGAUGGACUUCAUGGAAUUAGAAAAACAGCGUGGAAUCACCAUCCAAUCUGCCGCGACGUAUGUGAACUGGAAAGGUACAAACAUAAACAUUAUUGACACUCCUGGCCAUGUUGAUUUCACUGUGGAAGUUGAGCGUGCUCUACGUGUGCUGGACGGUGCUGUGCUUGUGCUGUGUGCUGUUGGGGGAGUGCAAAGUCAGACAAUUACAGUGAAUAGACAGAUGAAAAGAUACAAUGUGCCGUGUCUGGCCUUCAUCAACAAAUUGGAUAGAUUGGGGUCUAAUCCAGUUCGUGUAUUAACUCAACUCAGAUCCAAGCUAAAUCACAAUGCAGAGUUUCUACAGUUGCCUAUUGGCUUAGAGAAGGAUCAGCAAGGAGUUGUCGAUCUCAUCGAACAAAAAGCUCUCUACUUUGAUGAACCUUGUGGGUUAACAAUCAUUGAAGAUGAAAUCCCAGCUCAUCUGAGAACAGAAGCUAAGGAGAGAAGACAACGACUGAUAGAGUCUGUGUCUAAUGUGGAUGACAUACUGGGAGAGAUGUUUCUGGAGGAGAAAGAACCAACUAAUGAUGAUAUCAAGGCUGCUGUUCGGAGAGCCUGUAUCAAGAGGGCCUUCACCCCUGUCUUGAUGGGUACUGCUUUAAAAAACAAAGGGGUGCAGCCAUUGUUGAAUGCAGUGUUAGACUACCUUCCCAACCCAACAGAAGUCCACAAUAUAUGUCUUGACAAUGAAAAACUAGAUGAAAAUGGGAAUCCAACAAAAAUUACCCUCAGCUCUGAGAGAAGCACAGAUAACCCAUUCGUUGGACUUGCAUUUAAGUUAGAGGCUGGUAAGUUUGGUCAGCUGACAUACAUGAGGGUUUACCAGGGAGGGAUGAAGAAAGGAGACACCAUAUUCAACACGAGGAACAACAAAAAAGUGCGGGUGUCCAGACUAGUCAGAAUGAAUGCUGAUGAAAUGGAGGAUAUAUCAGAAGCGUACGCCGGUGACAUCUGUGCUCUGUUUGGUGUGGACUGUGCUGGGGGAGACACAUUUGUCAACAAAGGAAGCAUGCAGCUAUCACUGGAGUCCAUGUAUGUCCCAGACCCUGUCAUCUCCAUGUCAAUCAAACCUGUCAACAAACAGGACCUGGACAACUUCUCCAAGGGCGUGGCCCGCUUCACCAAGGAGGAUCCAACAUUUAGGGUGGCCUUUGACCCAGAGCUAGGAGAAACAAUAGCCACUGGAAUGGGAGAAUUACAUCUGGAUAUCUAUGCCCAGAGACUUGAAAGGGAGUACAAAGCAAAAUGUGUUCUAGGAAAGCCCAAGGUCUCGUUCAGGGAGACAUUGAUCAAUCCAUGCAGUUUUGAUUACUGGCAUAAGAAGCAGUCUGGUGGAAGAGGAGAGUACGCCAGAGUGAUAGGAACUGUGGAGCCCUUGCCUCCUGAGGAGAACACAAAACUGAUCUUUGUUGAUAAGACUACAGGAACCAACGUACCAAAGAGCUAUAUCCCGGCAAUAGAGAGGGGGUUCAGGAAAUGUUAUGAAAAGGGACCAUUAGCUGAACAAAGGGUAUCUGGAGUUCUAAUUACAUUAAAAGAUGGUGAUUCCCACAGUGUGGACAGUAGCGACUGGGCCUUUGAACAAGCAGCCUUCCAAGCAGGCUUAGAUACCUACACCUAUGACUGGGCAAUGUUGGAGCCCAUUAUGACUGUAGAAGUGAAUGCUCCACAGGAGUACCAAGGGUCAGUGCUGGCAGGACUGACCAAGAGGAAUGCUAUAUUUUUGGGGACAGAUUCCAAUGAGGGAUACUUUACCUCUUACUGUGAGGUUCCAUUAAACAUGAUGUUUGGGUACUCCACUGAGCUGAGAACCCAGACCCAGGGGCAGGGGGAGUUUACCAUGGAGUACAGUAAAUACUGCCCUGCCUCCGAGGAAACCAUGCGACAGCUGACGGAGAGCACGAACACCGACAACAAGGACACUCAGGAGAAGAAGAGGAAGAGAAAUUGACAGCACUGUGUCUAGUGUUUUAAUUAAUGUUAUUUAUUGAGAGGAGAUAUGUUGUUGCAAGAUUUGAAGACAAAACUUCUAGAGAAAAGUGAUGAUGAUUGUGAUAUUCCGUGAAUGACGGUGUAUAUAAUAAAAUUUUAAAAAGCCGUG